CCAAGUGGCUGAUGUUUCUGUCUGUAGCGUCGCUCGGACUGGGCGUCCAGUACUUACUGCUCAUGCUCAGAUAGUUGAAGGAGAAAAUACAUUGUUCGGAUUUAAAUGGGCAUUGUGGCAGUGUCUGUAGAAAUACUGUCAUCAUUGUAAUAUAUAUUAUUCUUGACAACGAUUGCAGACGUAUUCUAGCGUCUGGCCGAAGGACAGUUGUGAUUUUAAUUCAUGAAAAUGCCGAGCACCAAGCCUGAGAAACAAGAAAAGGUGGAGACCAGUGACACUGUUAAGGUAGUGGUGAGAUGUCGGCCAAUGAACCAGAAGGAGAAAGGCAUGGGGCACAAGCAGGCAGUCUCUGUGGAUGAGAUCAGAGGGACCAUCACUGUUAAUAAAAUCGAUUCCACGAACGAGCCUCCGAAAACAUUCACAUUUGAUACAGUGUUUGGACAAGACAGCAAGCAGCUGGAUGUGUACAAUUUAACAGCAAGACCUAUUAUAGAUUCUGUUUUAGAAGGAUACAAUGGUACAAUUUUUGCUUAUGGGCAGACAGGAACUGGGAAGACCUUUACCAUGGAAGGUGUACGAGCUGUGCCUGAACUUAGAGGAAUCAUUCCAAAUUCAUUUGCUCACGUAUUUGGCCACAUUGCAAAAGCAGAAGGGGAUACCAGGUUCUUGGUCCGAGUGUCCUAUUUGGAAAUUUAUAAUGAAGAAGUUCGUGACCUGCUAGGAAAAGAUCAGAUGCAAAGGUUGGAGGUUAAGGAAAGGCCUGAUGUUGGAGUAUACAUCAAGGAUCUCUCUGGGUAUGUGGUGAACAAUGCAGAUGACAUGGACCGGAUCAUGACAUUAGGACAUAAAAAUCGUUCUGUUGGAGCCACGAAUAUGAAUGAGCACAGCUCCCGUUCCCAUGCUAUUUUCACAAUCACUAUUGAAUGCAGUGAGAAAGGGAUUGACGGAGACCAGCAUGUGCGUAUGGGCAAACUGCACCUUGUGGACCUAGCUGGUUCAGAGAGACAAGGAAAGACUGGAUCAACUGGACAGCGACUAAAGGAGGCCACAAAAAUUAAUCUUUCUCUGUCUACCUUGGGCAACGUCAUCUCUGCUUUGGUAGAUGGGAAGAGUACCCAUGUCCCCUAUAGGAAUUCAAAACUGACCCGCCUGCUGCAGGAUUCAUUGGGAGGAAACUCAAAGACCAUGAUGUGUGCAAACAUUGGACCGGCAGACUACAACUAUGAUGAAACCAUCAGUACACUUAGAUAUGCAAACCGUGCAAAGAAUAUCAAGAACAAGGCCAGAAUUAACGAGGACCCCAAGGAUGCUAUGCUGCGCCAGUUUCAGAAGGAAAUUGAAGACCUUAAGAAAAAACUGAAAGAAGGGGAAGAGAUUUCUGGUUCAGACAGCAGUGGAUCUGAAGAUGAUGAAGAUGACGAAGGGGAAGUUGGAGAAGGCGGAGAGAAGAGAAAGAAGCGCAGGGGCAGUAGCAGCAGUAGCUCAGACUCCACAUGCUCUGUAAUAGAGAAACCUCUGGAUAAAUCCCAGACUAAUCAAACAGGUAAAAAGAAGGUCUCCCCUGACAAAAUGGUGGAGAUGCAGGCCAAGAUUGAAGAGGAACGAAAGGCCCUUGAAGCUAAACUUGACAUGGAGGAAGAAGAGAGGAACAAGGCCAGAGCUGAGCUGGAGAAGAGGGAGAAAGAUUUGCUUAAAGCUCAACAGGAGCAUCAGCUUCUGCUGGAGAAGCUGUCUGCCUUGGAGAAGAAGGUGAUUGUAGGGGGAGUGGAUCUGCUGGCCAAAGCUGAAGAGCAGGAGAAACUUCUUGAAGAGUCCAACAACGAACUUGAUGAGAGAAAAAAAAAGGCUGAGCAAUUGCGCCGAGAACUGGAAGAGAAAGAGCAAGAGCGCCUGGAUAUUGAAGAGAAAUACACCAGUUUACAAGAAGAGGCUCAAGGAAAGACCAAGAAGCUUAAGAAAGUGUGGACCAUGUUGAUGGCAGCGAAAUCUGAGAUGGCUGACCUGCAGCAGGAGCAUCAGAGGGAAAUCGAAGGUCUGCUCGAGAACAUCAGGCAGCUCAGCCGAGAGCUUCGACUCCAGAUGUUGAUUAUUGACAACUUCAUACCACAGGAAUACCAGGAGAUGAUUGAAAACUAUGUGCACUGGAAUGAAGACAUCGGAGAGUGGCAGCUGAAAUGUGUUGCAUACACUGGGAAUAACAUGAGAAAACAAACUCCUUUACCCGAUAACACUGAAAAAGAUCCCUUCGAGGUUGACCUGUCCCAUGUUUACUUGGCCUACACUGAGGAAAGCCUCAGGCAGUCCCUGAUGAGGUUAGAGAGACCAAGAACCUCCAAAGGUGGAAAAUCAAGGCCUAAAAGUGGCAGAAGAAAACGUUCUUCAAAACCAGAAGCAGUAAUUGAUUCCCUUCUUCAAUAAAAAAAAAAAUGACUUCUUAUAAUUCAAAGGAGACUGUCUUGAAGAAAACACUAGUGAUGGUUCGAUAUUUGUUUUUUGAUUUGCUUCUUGUCUACAAGAAAAAAAAUAAGAUAAGUAUUAAGAUUUUUACUGACUCGUUCUGAAAUAUUAAGGCACAUCUUAAGCAGAGGUCACAUUCUUAAAGAAAUGUAGUAACAUUUGUAAAAAGCAUAAACUAACACUUAAUAGUCUUAAACAAAUCUCUGUUAGUAUUGUGUGGCCAUACAACGUAACAGUAGGAGGAACUUCUGGAAGUGUGUUAAUAUGUUCAAUGUUCUACAUAGGAUAACUGUGCAGCUCUUAUUCUAUUUGUUUUUAUUUGUAAAAUUCUGUCUUGUAAUGAUAAAAUGCAAAUGAUACAGAUCACAUGUUCUGUAUUGUUGACUAGAAACGUACAAUGGUUAAUGACAGCUGAAGUUCAUUGUGAAGACCUUCACCUGGAAAAUAUUGAGAGUUUAUUAAAGUACUUUUGAAUGCAAGUAAAUCCAUCUACUGUAUAUUAAAUGCUAAACAAAAGUGUUGAAUCCACAGAAUCAACACUUUUAAUAUCUAUCUAUCUAUAUGCAAAAUAUGACUGUUGUAGUCCAUUAAUCUGUAAUCUGUUUUGGAUUGGGGUUAGGGUUUGUAACUUUUAGCUUCUAUAUUGUUGCGUUACGUAAUGCUGCAGAUGCACUUUUUAAUUCCAAGCAUGAAGCAUUCACUGUGCUGAUUUAAAUAUGUCACUGCAGAAAUGUUCUGCACUGUUGGUAUUUACUAAGACACUUGCAAAUAAUAUUCCAACACUGUUUACACUUAAGUGAGGUUGCAUAAUUGCAUCAUUUUAGUAUUAUAUUUUGAUUUAAUGCAUGGACAGAUAACUACUAGUCUAUUGCAGAGGAUACAAAAUAUGUGUUUAGUACUGUAGCAUUCUUCAAUGGACACAGAAUAUGUAUUUAGUGAAUACUGUAGGUUUUUUUUUUAUGUAUGUGUGGUAACUACAUUGACUGAUCUGAUCAACAUGUACAUUUCCAGUAUGCCCCCAGCAGUUCCCCAAAGAAGUGCACGUUGCUGGUUUAUUACAAAAUUGUACUUUUUAAAAACAUGCAUUUGAAGUUUUUGUUUUGGCACAGAACAAACAAAGCCAAAGGGCUUCAAGGGGAAAUCAUUUUAUUAAUGAUCACAAAUACGUUAUAUUAUAAUAAGUUUGUUCUGUAAUUAAUACAUUGUUGUUUUUUUUUUUUUUGGAUCUGCACAGAAAUUGUAUUGAUUGUUAGCAUUAGGAUUUCCAGUUGCUGAUGAUAAAGCACUAGCAGGGCCAAUGCUUUUGGAGAAUUCCAGAUUAGCAAGGUUGGGGUUAGUUUUUAACAAUGCAAGAAUGCAGUAAAUAAAGGAAAAAUGCUUCUGCAUGUGUCAACAGUAGUGACCUUGUUCUCUAUGUACUCCUAGGAAUAAGUCAUGCAUUCUGUUGUAAAAUAUAUGUGUAUAUAUUCAGCAAGUCUUUAAGAAAUAAACUACUACAUGCUUAUCA